AUGUCCACGCUGCCCGACGACGUAUUAGAGGAGUCCGAGUCGCUGCUCUCGCCUGAGGUGCGGCGCUCCCGCAGCCAUGGCGACAGCAGCAGGUUUGGCCGCUGCUUCCAGCUCGCCGUCUUCCUCUCGCUGCUCCUCGCGGCAUUUGCGGCGAGCAUCGUCUGGCUGUCGAAGAGCGAGCCGCCUGCGGCGCCGCAGGCGGCUCGCUCCGCACGGCCCGAUCGCGCCUCCUCUCGACUGGAGCGGCAGCACGUGUCCCGUGCUGCGGCCUCGCCGCCACCAAAGCCGCUGCCGCUGUCGCGACCGUCGCCUCCGCCCCCACCGCCAUCAGCGUGGCCUCCGCCUCCGCCUCCGCCACCACGGUCUGCCUCGCCGCCGCCGCCGCCGCCGCCGCCGCCGCCGCCACCGCCGGCGCACCUCGAGGAGCCCGCCCUGUGGCCAAACGGCUCCGAGGCGCUCGCCGCCAUCGUCAAGCCGCACCCGCGCGACAACCCGGCCGGCCAGCGCGAGCAGAAGAAGCGGCGGGGCGCCUACGACGCGCUGCGAGCCCUCUACGCCGCGCGGCCGGAGCUGCGGGCGGCGGCGCUGCGGCGCUUCUGGUUCGCGGGCGCGGCGGAGGCGCCGCGGGUCGAGGUUGGGGCGGCGAGGUACGGGGAGGCGUUUUGCCUCAACCAGUGCUCGGGCCGCGGCAUCUGCAGCCGGACGGGCGGCUUCUGCCGCUGCGACGAAGGCUUCUUUGGCGUCGACUGUUCGCUCACCGUCGAGCGGGGCGGAGUGGUCCUCCAUCCAAACCACGCCGCGCGGCGCGCCAGAGGGGGCGGGCCGUCGCCGCGGCUGUUUGUGUACGAUUUGCCCGAGCACACUUCUCUCAUCCUGCAGUACCGCGCCGGUCGCAACGUGUGCACGCCGCGCGCAUUCACUUUCUCCAACACCACCGACUGGAACGGCGGCUACGCCUACACCGUCGACGUGGCGCUGCAUGAGGCGCUGCUGCGCUCGCCGCACCGUGUGGCCAGCCCUGACGACGCCGAUUUCUUCUACAUCCCAACCUACCUCUCCUGCGCCAUCCUGCCCGUGUACGACUACACCGGCCCGGCCGACUACCAGAGAGGUUUCCCGAUGCGGCCCGUGACCGCGAUGCGCAUGCUGUCGGACGCCGUCGACCGCGUGCGCGCCCUCGGGCCUCACUGGGACAGGUCGGCCGGCCGCGACCACAUCGUCCUGCUCUCCCACGACGAGGGCGGCUGCUGGGCCCCGCGCGGCGUCGCCGCGAACGCGAUCAUCCUCUCCCACUGGGGCCGCAUGGACGCGCAGCCGCACUCCUCCUCGCGCUACAUGGCCGACAAUUGGGAGUCGGACUGGAAGAGCUCGAUCCGAGCUCCCGACGGAGCCGUCUGGAGCUUCGAAGGCGGCUCGCGGCGCAUGAUUGGGCACCACCCGUGCUACGACCCGGCCAAGGACAUCGUGGUGCCCGUCUUCAAGCCGCCCUCGGCGCUGACCUCCUCGCCCUUCCUGCGCCCGCCCGGCUCGCCGUCGCCGCCGCGCAAGACGCUGGCGUAUUUCUCGGGCAACCUGGCUGGCAACGAGCCUGCAAAGUACUCGCGCGGCAUCCGCCACCGCUUGGUCGCCGCCUUUCGCGGCAAGGACGGCUGGAGGCUGGUUGGCAACCGCGGCGGCGACUACGGCCGAGACCUCUCGACGUCCGAAUUUUGCAUCGUCCCGCCCGGCGGCGACGGCUGGUCCUCGCGAGCGAUGCGGCGCGAGAUGGCAAAGGUCUGGACGCGUUUCACCUACGUCGGCGCGAUGCUCGAUUCGCACGCCUACCUCCCCAGACGCCACUCGGAUGGCCGCGUGCUGCCGCGUCCGGCGGAGCUGGAGCGUCUGCCGGCGACGCUGCAGCAGGAACCCGACGCCAUCGAGACCAUCUUCAUGGCAUUAAGUAGCCGCAGGGCAGCCAACAAGUGA